UGUCUCUGCUUUUAUGGGAAACUCGAGUGACUUCCCAUAUCUUGAGGUUUCCUUCCUGGAUACAAGACCUGGGUAUCAGACUUGAGGUGCAUGGAUUCUGAAUCCUUCCCACCUCCUCCUUUCCUGGCUCCGCCCUGGAAUCAUCAUUAGGGUUGAAUGCAGCCACUCAGACCUGUGCACAGACAGGCUGCAGCUGCAGGGGUGGAGGAGCCGGUUACCGGUCGCAGGAGUGUCCCCAAAACCAGUAAGGAGGACGAGGGACCCCUUAAAACUCAUCCACAUCCUGCUGGCCAUGCUGCCGUCAGCAUCCACUCUCCUCGCUCCCAGGAUGUUCUGGGUCCUCUUGUUUGCGGCCUUCAGGAGUGCUCAGAGUGGAAUCUCGGACAACCCCAAGUGCACCAAAGGUGUGGUUUCUGUGUCGAGGGGCAAGCCAGCCAUGAUGAGCUGCAGCAUCUCCAAUGCCUUCUCCCACAUCAACAUCUCCCUGAAAGCGGACACGAAGGCACCCUGGAAGCUCAUCUGCAGUGCAAAGCCCCCAGGAAACGUCUGCCAGGAUGGAUGGGAGCUGUGGAUUUGGGAGGGCGAGGCGUACCUAGUAACUGAAGAAGCCCAGGACACCCAGGCAGGGCGGUACAAGUGGAGGCUGAUGGGGCGCCAGAGAAAUACCAGAACCACCACACUGACCGUCGUAGAACAUGAAUAAGAACCAGUUUGAGGGACCUUCCAGGAAGCACUUGAGGAACCAAAAUGAGGAUAUCAGUGACCUGAGAUGAUGCAUGAAGCCUCCUCCACCAACCCCAAAGGGUAGAGCAGCGCCUCUGGAUGGGAGGCCGGACAGGUGGCUGCUGGUGGAAUCUGUGUCCAACCUCCCUGGUCUUCCACAGCCCUGGGGCUCCCCUCUCUGCCACCUGCCCCACGUGCUGCCCCUUCCUGUUCCCAAACCGCAUCCCAAACCAUAUAUGCCAGAUGUCUUUACAAGCAAAACUGUGCAACCCCA